AUGCCCCCUCUCUUCCCAUCCGAACCCCAUGCAUCCCAUCAUACGUGCACGAGUCCACGUCAUCCGCAGAAAUCGUCUCAAAAGCCAUCUCCAUCCCUCCCCCCUCCUCCGAACCCCUCAUUCGCCCCGCCAGACGUGCACGAGGCCACGUCAUCCGCAUACACGGCGCGGCCAGGCGAGGACGACGGCACGCUGCUGUCGCCGGUGCAGGACUACGUGGCGGCGCGCGAGCUGCAGAAGCUCGCCGGGAUCUACGCCGUGUAUGACGGCGCUGGCGCGCUGCAGUACGUGGGGUACUCGCGCAACAUCGUCGUGUCGCUCAAGGGCCACAGGGUGGCAAUGGGUGAGGAGCUGUGCAGAUCAGGCCACAGGGCGGCUAUGGGCGAGGAACUGUGUAGCUCUGUGAGGGUGCAGGUGUACCGGGCAGAUUCACUGCUUUCCCGGGCAGUGCUGGACGGGGAGCGGAGGCGGUGGUUGCAGGAGCUCGGGCAGAGCGAAAGUUUCAUGCAGACUAGCAGUUUCGCCUGGUGGGGGGCGCAGGGCGCGCAGGGCGCGCAGGUGGGCGCGGCAGCAGCGGCGGCGGCGGAGGGGGGGGAGCUGAGCGAUGGGGAGCGGGCGGAGCAGGAGGAGCGGCGGCUGAGGAUGCGCAAGGCGAUGGGGGAGAACCUGAUGGACGAUGAGGAGUACAGGCGGAGGGUGGAGGGCGGGGAGACGGACGGGGAGAGCGACAGGCGGAGGAUGCAGCUGCUGCAGGUGAGGGAGGGUGGUUGGAGGGAUGGAGAGAUGGCGGAAUGGGGAAAUUGUGCGAUAGCCAGCUGUUCUGCUCUUGGGGUGAGGAGUACAGGCGGCGGGGAGACGGACGGGGAGAGCGAUAGGCGCCGGCUGCAGCUGCUGCAUGUGAGGGGGGUUGGAGGGAUGGAGGGAUGGGGGAAUGGAGUGGUGGGAUGGAGGGAUGGGGGGAUGGAGUGGUGGGAUGGAGGGAUGGGGGGAUGGAGUGGUGGGAUGGAGGGAUGGGGGGAUGGAGUGGUGGGAUGGAGGGAUGGGGUGAUGGAGUGGUGGGAUGGAGGGAUGGGGGAAUGGAGUGGUGGGAUGGAGGGAUGGGGUGAUGGAGUGGUGGGAUGGAGGGAUGGGGUGAUGGAGUGGGAUGGGGGAAUGGAGUGGUGGGAUGGAGGGAUGGGGGGAUGGAGUGGUGGGAUGGAGGGAUGGGGGAAUGGAGUGGUGGGAUGGAGGGAUGGGGGGAUGGAGUGGUGGGAUGGAGGGACGCAGGAAAGGGUCGUGGUAUGGAUUGAUGUGGGGAUUUGGAAAGGGGAGUCGGAUGGAGAGGGUGAUACGCGGAGACUGCAGCUGCUGCAGUUGAUGAGGGAGAUCAAGGGAGAAAGUGGAUUGGCCACAGAGGGCGACGACUGGAGCUCUGUGAUUGACGGGCAGACGCAAGAAACCGUUUCUGCUAGAGGAAGCUCUAAUGGGAAGCCUUCCAGAGCAGCGAAAGGAGAGGCGAGAGGAGCCACGGCAACAGAAGCAGCAACAGCACAGCAAGGCAGCGGGGUAGCUGCACCCUCCGCUGCUCUCCGUUCGGCAGCACCCAUUGUUAGCCCGUUUGCGCGCCCAGGUGCUGCAGGCACGGGGGCAGGUGGGGAAGCAGAGGAAGCGGAGGGGGAGAUGGAGCUGACAGUUGAGUCGGCUGACCAGGUGCUGGAUCGGGUGCGGCCGUACCUGGUGGCGGAUGGCGGCAAUGUGGAGGUGAAAGCCGUGGAGAAUGGUGUUGUUAUCCUGGAGCUGCAAGGUGCGUGCAACACGUGCCCCAGCUCAGCAGCAACGAUGAAGAUGGGCAUUGAGAGGGCCCUGCAGGACGCGUUUGGGGAGAAGCUCAAGGAGGUCAUGCAGCUGGGUGGCGUUGACAACAGGCUCACCCUCGCUGCUGUGGAGAAUCAUCUCUCGCAGGUUCUCCAACCCACUCUGAGCAAGUACGGAGCGUCAGCAUCUGCAGUCUCUCUUGAUCUCGUGAAGGGUUUUUGCGAAGUGCGGUUCGAGGGGCCACCGCCGAUGGCCAUGGGAAUUCAGGCUGCUUUGAAGGACAAGUUCCCUGAAAUUCGGCUUGUCAAGUUGGUAUCCUGA